UGGCUCGGUUUGGAACACACCCUCAGUGCUUCACGCUGCUCGGUCAGGGCUGCUUGUGUAUUAGCUGAACACCGGCAUGGCGGCUGAACACAAAACAAAUAAAGAGCAAAGAUAUGACCGACAGCUCCGGUUAUGGGGAGAUCAUGGUCAGGAUGCUCUUGAAAGCGCACAUGUGUGUCUGAUAAACGCCACAGCGUCCGGUACAGAGAUCCUGAAGAACCUCGUUCUACCUGGUAUUGGUGCUUUCACUAUAAUUGAUGGACACAAAGUGACUGGAGAGGACAUUGGGAACAACUUCUUUCUCAGCAGUGACAGUGUUGGUAAGAGCCGAGCUCUGGCAGCGACUGAGUUACUGCAGGAACUGAACAGUGAUGUUUCAGGAAACUUUGUGGAGGAGGAUGCUGAUAAACUGCUGGAAAAUGAUCCAGAGUUUUUUAACAGAUUCAGUUUGGUUAUCAGUGUUCAGCUUCCAGAAAGUGUGUGUUUGAAGUUGGCAUGUGUGUUAUGGAAGGCCAGUGUGCCGUUCCUGGUGUGCAGGACAUACGGACUCGUUGGCUACAUGAGACUUGCUGUGAAGGAGCACACAGUGGUGGAGUCUCACCCAGACAGCGCUCUGGAGGAUCUCAGACUGGAUGCUCCUUUCUCUGAGCUGAAAAAUCACAUCAGCUCCUAUGACAUGGACUCCAUGGACAAGAAGGAUCACAGUCACACACCGUGGAUCAUCAUCAUCGCUAAAUAUCUGGAGAAGUGGUUCAGUGAGCACGACUUUCAGUUGCCAAAAAGUUACAGAGAGAAAGAGGAGUUCAGACAGCUGAUCAGAGACGGGAUCCGUAAAAAUGAAAACGGUGCUCUGGAGGAAGAGGAAAACUUUGAUGAGGCCAUUAAAAAUGUCAACACGGCUUUAAAUCCCACUAAGAUCUGCAGCAGUGUGGAGGAGAUCUUCAGUUCUGAGCAGUGUGAGAACAUCACCUCACAGACCCCAGCAUUUUGGGUGAUGGCUCGAGGUGUAAGGGAUUUUGUGCAGAACGAAGGGAACGGGAAACUCCCUCUGAGGGGCAGCAUCCCAGAUAUGAUCUCUGACUCAGAUAAAUUCAUCAACCUACAAAAUGUAUACAGGGAGAAGGCGAUGCAGGACGCUUAUGUUGUGACCAAACACAUCAAGUCUCAUCUUCGGGCUAUUGGAAAGCCAGAAGAGAGCAUCUCACAGCAGGACAUCCAACUGUUCUGUAAGAAUGCAGCAUUCCUGCGAGUUGUCCAGGGCAGAUCUCUCUCUGAAGAAUACAAUGUGGAAACUAUUAACAAGGAUGAGAUUACUUCCUCUAUGGAUAAUCCAGACAGUGAGAUGGUUCUGUAUCUCAUGCUGCGUUCUGUGGACCGUUUCUUCCAGCAGCACUCCAGAUACCCAGGUGUGUAUAAUUACCAGGUGGAGGAGGACAUCAGCAGGCUGAAGGUGUGUGUGAACAGUCUGCUUCAGGAGUACAUGCUCAACGUCAACGUUAAAGACGACUACAUCCACGAGUUUUGCCGUUAUGGAGCUGCAGAACCACACACAGUUGCAGCAUUACUGGGAGGAGCUGCAGCUCAGGAAGCCAUCAAACUCAUCACACACCAGUUUGUGCCAUUUAACAACACGUUCAUCUACAACGCUAUGGCUCAGACAUCAGCCACCUUCCAGCUCUGAGAACGUGUGUGUGUGUGUUUUAUUCAGCACCAUUUGUUCAUUAUCAUGCUCUUAAUGUUACUGUUCAUAUAAAUACUGCAUCAGUAAUAAAUCCCGACUAGUGCAGUGUUUAUUUUCAUUAAUCAACGUGUUUAUGACGCACCUCAGAGUGGAUUCUGGGUAUUCUCUGUGUGAACACACGUUCUACCUGAAGCACAUUAAUAUCUUUAUAUUAAAAUAUGAGAUUUGUUUAGUGAA